GCUUGGAAACAGUUCAGUUUGAGUGUCCGUUUUUUAAUCGGCGUUUCAACAAAUUCCAUUCAAAAAUGUCCAAUUCUCAUCUUUUUAUGGUGAGCGGAUUCCCGAGGGCUCCUCUUCAAAACGGGAUCGGUAGAUACGUCUGCCAGUUGAAAAGGAUAACGCUCAAGUUUUGCAAAUCCAACGGUGACAGCAAGGGGUUUAGGGAGUUUUUAGAAACAGAAUUGGUAAAUUUUGCAAAUAAAAACCCUGGCGUUGUAGUUUAUGUCAAACCAAGGAGGCAUCGUGCACCCACAUUGACUGCAGAAUACUUAAAUGGUCAAAAAGACUACAUCAACUGUCAUAAUUUCUCGAAAGAAGAAGUCUACAAAUGGAUAAACCUAUUCACACAGAGAUCUGGAAAGGAAGUAAUGAGGUAUAGGAAGAACUGGCAGACCAAUAACCCGAGCAUCCAAGGGAUCUGGACUCCGACAAAAUUCAGGGAUCCUAAAUUAAACUUGACCGUUUUCCCAAUCGAAGGUUUGAACGGCCCGAAAAAUCCGAAGCCGACGGCCACUCAGCUUCUGCUUGAAAUGUUUGAAAAAGAAAAAAACGAAAAAAGCAUGAAUGCCCAAUGGGAAGCAGAAGGACUGCAAACUCAAGGUGAAUACUCGGUUGAUUAUGUGGAAGAUACGAAGAAGAAAACAUUCUCCUAAUGAAAAAUCAAAAUUAACGUAUUGUUAUUAGUCUUUUGUAA